UUCAUCACUCCCCCUCCCUUCCCAGGCUCGCAUUAAAAAACCCGACGAAUCCAGAGAAAAAAAAUCUCCAUCGCAAACCCGGAUUAGGGCUUGACCACCCCCACCGGAGCCCCGCAAACCGUCUCCGGCGGCCUUCUUCGGCGGCGAUCUGGUGACCCGCGGGGCCGCGCGGGCCCGAUCGACCUAGAUCUGCAGUGGACGCAUGAAGGAACCCCAGAUCGGCCAGAUCUAGAAGCUUCCGGCCCCUCACGGGACCCCGGGCCUGCCGCCAUGCAGCUCAGCGGGGGGCCCUCCUGCAGCUCGCGGAGCUCGCCGGCGACGUCGCCACGGUCAGAGCAGCAGCAGCCGGCGGCGGCGGCGGCCGCGCAGCAACAGCAGCAGCAGUCCCAGCAGGCCCAGCAGCUAGGGUUUAGGAGCCAGGGAAUGAUGCAUCACCAUGAACAACAGCAAGCCUACCAAUCUGGUGCAGCGCAUGGCAUGAUGGGAGUAGGUGGCGGCAGUAGCUUCCCUCAGUUCUCAGGCCCAGUUCCACCGUUCCAGGGGCAGAGGAACCUACCCCAAUCCGGUGGAGGUCAGAUGCACAAUCAGGUUGCCAUGCAGCAGCAAGCUUACCUGAAGUUUGCGAUGAUGCAGCAGCAGCAGCAGCAGCAGAAGUCCCAUGGGAUGCUCCUCCAGCAGCAUCAACAGCAGCAGCAGGCCAAAAUGAAUAUGGCAGGGCCAUCAACAAGGGACCAGGAUAUGGUUAACAACCCUGCAAAGAUGCAGGAGCUGAUGUCUCUUCAGGCCCAGAUGUUUAAGAGACAGUCUGAGCAUCUUCAGCAGGCGGAGAAGCAGAAAGAUCAGGGAUAUACAAGCAGUAAUGAGCAAAAAAGUGGUGAUAUGAGGCCUCGUAUGCCUCCUCAAGGAGUCCCUGGACAGCAGUUGCCGUCAGCGGGUAUGGUAAGGCCCAUGCAGCCAAUGCAAGGUCAGGUGGGCAUGGGCAGCAUUGGUGGUAGCCCAUUAACACCACCCCAGUUUCAAGCCAUCCAAGCCUGGGCAAAGGAGCACAACAUCGACCUGUCCAAUCCUGCAAACAUGAAUGUAAUUUCUCAAAUCCUACCGAUCUGGCAGUCCAACAGAAUGGCAACCAUGCAGAAGCAGAAUGAGGCAAGUAUGGCUGCCCAGCAGCAAUCAUCGUCCUUGCAGGUGAACAGUGAUACCCCAGGCCAUGGGAAUGUUCCCGGUCAGGGUGCCCCAUCGAAGCCUCGGCAGCCCCUCACCCCUAGCUCCUCGGUUUCUGGUGGAGAAGAGGCUAAGAUAGCGAAUCUGAGCAACUUGCAGUUGCAGCAACAGUUAACUGGCCAUAACUGGGAUGGCUCAAAUGACAGGGCUGUGAGGCUACCCAUGACAGUGGGCAAUGGUGGACAAACGAUGCAGAUGCCCCAAAGUUCUGGACAUGUGAAUAAUGUUCCUGAGCAGUCCAAUCCAAAGAAUGUCCUUGCAAAUUCAGAAGCAGUGCAAAUGCAGUAUGCCAGACAGAUGCAGCCUAACCAAGCUGCUGCCUCCACAGCUACUCCUGGUGAAACAGGAGGAUCACAGGCCCCAACUCAAGGUGCUCGGCCACAAACGAGUUUCACGAAAAAUCAACUUCAUGUACUCAAAGCCCAGAUAUUAGCUUUUCGGCGUUUGAAGCGUGGUGAUCGUACUCUUCCACCAGAAGUACUUGAAUUAAUCAAGUCUGGAUCGCCGCCUGAUUCACAAGGGCAGCAGGUUUCUGGACCUCUGGCAACACAUAAUCGUGAAAGGCCUAGUGUAAGCAAUGUUGGGGAGCAUGGAAGGCACCCGGGGAGUGGUGAUAAAGCUCUUGAAAAACCUGCAUUGUUGAAGGGACCCUGUUUACCAAAGGUGGAGGUUUCUGCUUCAGAAGACAAAGCUAGUCCUGCCACUGGUCCUGGUCCCAUGCAAGUGAUGAAAGCUUCACCAAAGGAAUCCCAUAGAAUUGGACCAGUUUCAGUACCAGAGCACAGUAACACUACUGCAAUUAAAUCUGAGCAAGAACCAGAACGUGGUAUGCAGAGAACACCUGGGAGAAGUGAUUACAAUGCUGAGAGGGGGAAAUCUUUACCAGCAGAAAGUGGUUCAGUGGAUGCUGAGCAAGCAAAAAGGGGUGCCUCCACGAGCAGUGCCCCAACUCCAAGAGAUGUUCCCAGAAAAUAUCAUGGCCCAUUAUUCGACUUCCCUUCCUUCACUAGGAGACAUGAUUCCAUGGGGUCUGCAAAUUACAACAGUAAUCUAUCACUAGGUUAUGAUGUGAAAGAUUUAUUAGCUCAGGAAGGCAUGAUCGUUCUUGGCAAGAAACGAGAAGAUAGCUUGAAAAAGAUCAGCGGUUUGCUUUCAAUCAAUCUAGAGAGGAAAAGGAUCCGACCUGAUCUUGUUUUGAGGCUACAGAUUGAAGAAAAGAAGCUCAAACUCCUAGAGCAUCAGGCUCGUCUAAGGGAUGAAGUUGAGCAGGAGCAACAAGAAAUAAUGGCAAUGCCUGAUAGGAUAUACAGAAAGUUUGUCAGACAAUGCGAACGUCAACGUGUUGAGCUUGUAAGGCAAGUUCAGCAGAUGCAGAAAGCCCUGAGAGAGAAGCAGCUGAAAUCCGUUUUCCAGUGGCGCAAGAAGCUUUUGGAGGCACAUUGGGCCAUUCGUGAUGCGCGAAUAACUCGUAAUCGAGGGGUGGCCAAGUACCACGAAAGGAUGUUGAGGGAAUUCUCGAAGAAGAAGGAUGAUGAUCGAAACAAAAGAAUGGAGGCAUUAAAAAACAACGAUGUGGAAAGAUAUCGUCAAAUAUUGUUGGAACAACAGACAAAUGUUCCUGGUGACGCGUCUCAAAGAUACAAUGUUCUAUCUUCUUUCCUGACCCAGACUGAAGAGUACCUUUAUAAACUUGGAGGGAAAAUAACUGCUGCCAAGAAUCAGCAACAAGUAGAAGAGGCAGCAAAUGCUGCGGCAGCUGCUGCACGGGCGCAGGGUCUCUCUGAAGAAGAAGUGAAGGCUGCUGCACAAUGUGCUGGUCAGGAAGUUGUGAUAAGGAACACAUUCUCUGAGAUGAAUGCACCAAGGGAUAAUAUGUCUGAUAACAAGUACUAUAAUCUGGCUCAUGCCGUCAGUGAGAGAGUUACAAAGCAGCCAUCACUGUUGCGAGCAGGAAUAUUAAGGGACUACCAACUGGUGGGCCUUCAGUGGAUGCUUUCUUUGUACAAUAAUAAGUUGAAUGGUAUUUUGGCUGAUGAGAUGGGUCUUGGCAAGACUGUACAGGUUAUGGCAUUGAUUGCGUACUUGAUGGAGUUUAAAGCGAAUUAUGGCCCGCAUCUCAUAAUAGUACCAAAUGCUGUCUUGGUCAAUUGGAAGAGUGAGCUGCUAAACUGGUUGCCAUCUGCAUCUUGCAUCUUUUAUGUUGGCGCAAAGGAUCAAAGGGCAAAGUUGUUCUCUCAAGAGGUUUUGGCCGUGAAAUUUAAUGUUCUCGUAACAACAUAUGAAUUUGUUAUGUUUGAUCGUUCCAAGCUUUCAAAAAUUGAUUGGAAGUACAUUAUAAUUGAUGAGGCGCAGCGGAUGAAGGACAGAGACUCAGUCUUGGCGCGUGAUCUUGAUCGUUAUCGUUGCCAGCGGCGAUUACUCCUCACUGGCACUCCUCUACAGAAUGAUCUCAAGGAGCUUUGGUCCCUCCUGAAUCUUUUACUUCCAGAAGUAUUUGACAGUAGCAAGGCAUUUCAAGAUUGGUUCUCAAAGCCUUUUCAGAGGGAUGGUCCUACACAUAGUGAGGAAGAAGAUGAUUGGUUAGAGACAGAGAAGAAAGUAAUAGUUAUUCACAGGCUGCACCAGAUUUUGGAACCUUUCAUGUUACGUAGGCGAGUGGAAGAUGUUGAAGGCUCACUUCCACGGAAGGAUUCAAUUGUUUUGAGAUGCAGAAUGUCUGCCAUUCAAGGUGCUAUAUACGAUUGGAUUAAAUCUACUGGCACCAUUAGAGUUGAUCCCGAAGAUGAGAAAACACGUGCUCAAAGGAAUCCAAUGUACCAGGUCAAAACAUAUAAGAAUCUCAAUAAUAAGUGCAUGGAGCUGAGGAAAGUUUGUAACCAUCCUCUGCUGUCAUAUCCUUUCUUGAAUUACUACGGGAAAGAUUUUAUGAUCAGAUCUUGUGGGAAGUUGUGGAAUCUUGAUAGAAUUCUAAUUAAGCUUCAUAAGGCAGGCCACCGUGUACUCCUCUUUAGCACUAUGACAAAACUUCUUGACAUCAUGGAGGACUACUUGCAAUGGAGACAGCUUAUGUACAGGCGAAUUGAUGGAACAACUAGCUUGGAAGAUCGAGAGUCGGCAAUUGUUGACUUCAACAGACCUAAUUCUGAUUGUUUUAUAUUCUUGCUUAGUAUUCGCGCUGCUGGCAGAGGUCUGAAUCUUCAGAGUGCAGACACUGUUGUAAUAUAUGACCCUGACCCAAACCCACAGAAUGAAGAGCAAGCUGUUGCUAGGGCCCAUCGUAUAGGGCAGACUAGGGAGGUAAAGGUUAUUUACAUGGAGGCUGUUGUUGAUAACAUCUCAAGUUAUCAGAAAGAGGACGAGUUGAGAAAUGGAGGGAGUGGAGAUUUGGAGGACGAUCUUGCUGGAAAAGACAGAUACAUGGGAUCAAUUGAAAGUCUCAUCCGCAACAAUAUCCAACAGUACAAAAUUGAUAUGGCAGAUGAAGUCAUUAAUGCUGGUCGUUUUGAUCAGAGAACAACCCACGAGGAAAGGCGGAUGACUUUGGAGACACUCCUACAUGAUGAAGAGAGAUAUCAAGAAACUGUUCAUGAUGUUCCUUCGUUACAUGAAGUAAACCGUAUGAUUGCUCGGACUGAAGAAGAGGUUGAGCUUUUUGAUCAGAUGGAUGAAGACUUUGAUUGGACAGGGGAUAUGAUGAAACAUAAUCAGGUUCCAAAGUGGCUUCGUGUUAGCUCCACUGAAGUAGAUUCUGUUGUGGCAAGCCUAUCCAAAAAGCCUUCGAAAAAUAUGUCGUCUGGUGGUAUUGCUUUAGACACUAAUGAUACACCUGAGAAAAGGAGGGGCCGGCCAAAGGGAUCCGGCAAGUACUCCAUUUACAGGGAGAUUGACGAUGAAGAUCUUGAAGAAUAUGAUGAAGACUCUGAAGACAGGAAUAUCUCAUCUCUGCCUGAAGAAGGGGAAAUAGGGGAAUUUGAAGAUGAAGAGGAUAAUGAUGAUUCAGUACCUUAUAACAAAGAUGAAUCAGAGGAAGAAGAGCCUAUCAAUGAUGAAGGCUAUGAUUCUCCCCAUGGAUUAGGAAGUGGAAAAACUAAUAGGCUGGAAGAAGCUGGUUCAACAGGCUCUUCAUCUGGAAGCAGGAGAUUACCACCACCUGCACCUUCCUCAUCUUCGAAAAAAUUGCGGUCUCUAUCUGCAUUAGAUUCCCGCCCAGGCGCUUUGUCAAAGAGAACUCCAGAUGACCUUGAGGAAGGUGAGAUUGCAUUGUCUGGGGACUCACAUAUGGAUUUCCAGCAGUCAGGGAGCUGGAAUCAUGAACGUGAUGAUGGUGAGGAUGAACAGGUACUGCAACCAAAAAUAAAACGCAAACGGAGUAUUCGAAUUCGUCCAAGACCUAAUGCAGAGAAGCAGGACGAUAGAUCUGGGGGAGAUGGGACCUUCCCGCAGCGUGGUGCUCAUCUUGCAUUCCAAGGAGAUGGUGACUAUGAUUCACAAUUUAAGUUUGACCAAGACGCCCAUGCUUUUGCUGAUCCAGCAGUCAGGCAGCAAGGCGCAGUUCAUCCUGUUGUGAAACAGAAACGCAACAUGCCAUCUAGGAAGGUCUCACCUGCUUCUAGAACGGGGAAAUUGACUUACUUGUCUGGAUCGGGCGAGGGAUCUACUGAACUUUUCAAGGAAAAUCGGAGCAGUAAGGCCAUUGACUCUGCUAGCGCAGAUUUCGGUGGCACAAAGAUGUCGGACAGUAUGCAAAGAAAGUGCAAGAAUGUGAUAAGCAAGCUUUGGAGGAGGAUUGAUAAAGAGGGCCAUCAAAUCAUACCUAAUAUUGCUUCUUGGUGGCGGAGGAAUGAGAAUUCCAAAUUCAAAGGUCCUGCAAGCAGCACCCUUGACUUACAGAAAAUCGAACAGCGAGUUGAUGGAUUCGAGUAUGUUGUUGUAUCUGAGUUCAUAGCAGACAUGCAGCAGAUGUUGAAAACUGUGGUUCAGCAUUUCAGCUAUAGGCAUGAGGUCCGAGUAGAAGCUGAGACCCUCCAUAACUUAUUUUUCAAUAUAAUGAAGAUUGCCUUCCCAGACUCAGAUUUCAGAGAAGCUAAGAAUGCGAUUUCAUUUUCGAAUCCUGGAGGAUCUGCAAGUAGCGCUCCAUCAACAAAGCACAGUGCUUCGGGACAUAAGCGCCGUGCUAGCACCAAUGAAGUGGAGCAGCAUGCCUCGGGGCAUACCAGGCAUAAUCAGCCCUCGUCAGUUAGUGAGGUUCCUAGCCGAGCCCACAGUUCCAGAUCCGAGAGAGACUCCAAGCAUUCUGGAUCAGGUAGCAGGGAUCAGGUCCAAGACGGUGCUGGUCUGUUUAUGCACCCUAGUGACCUGGUCAUCGUUAAGAAGAAAAGGCAAGAUCGGGCAAGGAGCAGCAUCGGGUCUCCGUCCAGUUCAGGACGAGCUGGACCACUCUCACCAGCCAACCCUGGGCGAGUGGGCCCAUUGCCUUCUCCCAGAGGUGCCAGGACGCCAUUCCAAAGGGAUCCGCACCCAUCUCAGCAGUCGAUGCACUCUGCUGGAUGGGGUGCUCAUUCUAUGCAGCAAUCAGAUCACGGGGGAAGUGCAUCAUCACCCGGCAUUGGAGACAUCCAGUGGGCCAAGCCUGUCAAGAGACUGAGGACUGACAGUGGCAAAAGGCGGCCAAGCCAUAUGUGAAAAUUCUUUGCAUUGUGGUGUACAUUCUCUAGCAUCCUCGAUUGGCCUACCUGUGAGCUCGUUGUGGCGCUUAUUCACGUCAUCCCCAUGUCAUCCUUCUAUUACCGCCAUGCUGGCCUUGGGUUGUUGUAGACACGAGGAAAUUUGUGUAGGGUUAUUUAUCUGUAAAGGGGAACUCGUAAGUGGCAAGUUAGCUCAACUAGAAAAUGAUUUCGAGUAGCAGUGAAGUGAGCUGGAGGCGAGGUUCAGCUGGUUCUUUUAAUUGAUUUACGUGGUCUGUCGUUCGUGUAGUUUUGUUUCAUGCAUUACAAUAAUUGUUUUCAAGUUUUGAGCCAUCGAACUUGUUAGCGUCUGUUAAGUCGUGAGUUUCAGGACUUAAUUUGUGCAAAUUAUGCAGUGUUUGUUUGCACUGUGUUCAUCUGA